GGUCAAAUUAUUGGAUGUGAGAAGGGAUUCGAGUUAUCUCAAGAAAUAGGAUUCUAUGAUGGUGUAGCGGAACUAUGGUUAAAAAUUCUGGAAAAAGGAUGGAAUAUAGCUGCGAAAAAAACAAGAAAUGAUAGGUGGGUAAAUCUUUUCUUUGAUAGUAAGUUUGCCAUCCUUUAUUGA